AUGGUAAGUGUUUAUGUGACGUUGACUAAUGAUGAAGUAAAAAAUAUUGAUGAAGUAGAAGUGAAUGAAGUUGAUCAGAGUGACAACAUGAUCUAUGAGGUCAAUAAAAAUGGGAAUAAUAUGAUGGUUGAUAGAUCAGAGGACAAGUUUCCAAAAGUCACAACCGAAGUUACAGGUUCUUCUGCAUUUAUAGGUGAGGAUGAUGAAGGGUCCCAUGAGGUUCAAGCUGCUUUUACAGGAAAACUAAGCACAUUUUAUCGGGAGAAGGGCAUGGAAUUUAAACCACCUAUGUCUUAUGGUUAUGGAGAUCUCCGUGUGAAAAGCAUCCUUGAGGGCUAUGUUUCUCUUUCCAAAUAUCACACUGUGAACCUCAAGCUUGAGAGAGGGUUAGAUGUCCAAGUUGUUGAUGUUGGACCCCCCGCUGAUUGGGUGAAAAUCAAUGUUCGUGCAACAAAUGAUUCCUUUGAGGUCUAUGCACUGGUGCCUGGGCUUUUACGAGAUGAGCUACGGGUUCAAUCUGAUCCGACUGGUUGCCUGGUCAUCACCGGUCAGCAACACCAACUUGAUAAUCCUUGGGGUGUUACUUCCUUCAAGAAGGUGGUCACCUUACCUGCUAGAAUUGAUCAACUUCGGACCAACGCUGUUCUCACCUUUCAUGGGUGUCUUCAUGUUCAUGUGCCCUUUGCGCAGCAAAAUCUCUGA